AGAGAGAGAGAGAGAGAGGUGGCAGAAAACCAGUGUGUGAAUGAGAGUGAACAAGAGAGGGAGGACCAGAACAUCUUUGCCGGAGCAAGACCUUGGGUACCACCACCAGCCCGGCAAGCGCCAUGAGUAAGCUCAGCUCCAAUGAGUCACCGUCCCCCAGUGAGAUCCCUGGCCAGGAGGAGAAAGACAAAGCUGGAAACGCCAAGAAGGUGGAAGCAGAAGAAGAGGAAAUAGACAUUGACCUGAAUGCGCCCGAGACCGAGAAGGCUGCCCUGGCCAUUCAAGGCAAAUUCCGACGCUUCCAGAAACGGAAAAAGGACCCCAGCUCCUGAGCAGCCACGGUGCGAGAACCACCUCUCUACUCUGCUCUCUCCUGUUCUCCUUGCUCCUGCCCCAGAAACUCUCCUAGCACCGCCUGGCUCACUCGAUUUCUUCUUAUCCUACCCCCAUUCUUCUUAAGUGGGGCGAGAGGUCUUUUUUGCUUUUUUUUUUGCACGUACUGUAAUAUAUUCCAAGUAGGGUCGGGUUUUUGGGGUGGGCGAGGGUUGGACUCUCUCCAGAAUAACAAAGGGGCUUCCUUAAUGCUCGUGCAACUACCCACCCACCCACGAGAGUGUUCUCACUUUCCAAUAGCCAUGAUAAAGCAGUGAAGCAUCGUCCUUCACAGAAAGCCAUUGAUGUUUUGGGGACGCAUAGUAAGGCAGGCAGGCCAACCUAGGGACAGGAAGCUGGAGGAUAACCGCUCCUGGACUUGCAUACGUACUUUUAAUUCAUUGAAAAUGUCAACUCUUUUAAAACUAGCCUGGCACUCAAGG